UCUGUAAAGUAAGGACUCAGCCAGUCUGGGCAGAGUGGAUGUCUCCUGGCAUCUAGGAGUGUGCCUUGAACCGCAGUGUCUGUCACGUCCCCAAACAAAAAGGUCCAGGAAGAAGGUGGGUCCGCUGCGCUGGCCCAGCUCUUCAGCCAGGAGACCGAGCCCCUCUCUGCGGGCAUUUUCCAGAGCGGGACUGGGGAGGGCUCCUGGCAACUACUCGGACACGGGCCAUGCGGGGGCGGGCUCGGAGGAGGCGCGGGACAGGGACUGGCCGGCUGUAACUGAGAUCACAAUCGCCCUGGUGCCGCUCAGCGGGGUGCGUCCCUGGCCCUGUUCAGGUAUGAAGAGGCCACUGAGCCCAUCCCCCUCAGGCGAGAAGGAGCCCCCCACCACUGCAGCACCCGAGUGCCCCCCUCACUCUCCAGAGUCAUCGAAGCCUAAGCGGGAAAGGAAACGACCUUCCUAUACACUCUGCGAUGUCUGCAACAUCCAGCUGAACUCCGCUGCCCAGGCCCAGGUGCACUGUGGGGGACGUGCCCACCAGAGGAGGCUUCGGCAGCUCAGCCUGGGCAAGACCUCCACAGGGCCAGCAGGCCCGGCCUCCAGCGCCCCCAGCCCCCUGCUGGCCUCCCUGACCCUGCCCACCCGGCCUCUGCAAACCCCGCUGGACUUCAAGCACUUGCUCGCCCUCCACUUCAAUGGCACCGCCCCGCUCAGUCUCUUCCCCAACUUCAGCACGAUGGACCCCGUCCAGAAAGCUGUCAUCAGCCACACGUUUGGGGUCCCCUCCCCUCUGAAGAAGAAGCUGUUCAUCUCCUGUAACAUCUGUCACCUGAGGUUCAACUCAGCGAACCAGGCAGAAGCUCAUUACAAGGGCCACAGACAUGCCAGAAAACUCAAGGCUGUCGAGGCUGCCAAGAGCAAGCAGAGGCCUCGAAACCUGACCCCAAAUGGGACGGUGGCAUCUUCAGCCUCACCUCCAGCCAGUGGAGGUCCCGGAAGUCCACAGAGCAGAGAUCCUGCAUCCCCUCCUCUCGGCCCUUCACUUCAGCUAUCACCGACCCCAGACACAUCAGCCAGAGAACCAGCCCACUCAGACCUCUCGGAUGCCGCUGCUUCCUCUUCCUCUUCUUCCUCUUCCUGCCCACCCUGCUCCCCGGAUCCUGGCAGAGAAGCACCAGGGCCCGAGCCAGGAGAAGUGGCUGCAGGAAGUGGAGUGAAUGGGGAAGGCAGGCGUGAAAAAGGGUGCCUCUACUGCCCUACGUGUAAAGUGACAGCAAACUCAGCCUCUCAGCUUCAGGCUCACAACACAGGAGCUAAGCACCGAUGGAUGGUGGAAGGGCAUCAAGGGGCUCCCCGAAGGGGCCGGGGCCGUCCUGUGUCCCGGGGAGGGGCUGGACACAAGACAAAGAGAGUGAUAGGAAACCGUGGGGGUCGGCAGGGACCCAGCCCUCCCUUCCACUGUGCCCUCUGUCAGCUCCAGGUCAAUUCAGAGACCCAACUCAAGCAGCACAUGAGCAGCCGGAGGCACAAAGAUCGCCUGGCUGGGAAGCCCCCCAAGACCUCCAGCCAGCACAGCAAACUGCAGAAACAGGCAGCUCUGGCUGUGAGUGUCCUCAAGUCUAAAUUGGCCUUGCAGAAGCAACUCACCAAGACACUGGCAGCCCGCUUCCUGCCCAGUCCGCUGCCCACCACAGCUGCUGCCAUCUGUGCCCUGCCCGGGCCCCUGGCCCUCCGGCCUGCCGCAACAGCAGCUGCCACUCUCUUCCCAGCUCCUGUCCUGGGUCCAGCUCUGUUCCGUGCUCCAGCAGGGGCCGUCCGCCCGGCUGCAGGACCCAUCCUCUUUGCCCCCUAUUAGGGGUCCCAGGAUGGCCACAUCCUCUCUCUUCCUGGCAAGCACUUGUCUCCACAUCCCAGGGACUGCCUUUGGCCAUUUGUGGGGUUCCCACCCAACCUGGGGGCGACUGCUCUUCACUCAGACUGGGAUUUUUCCAGUCCCCUGGGUCUGAGGACUGUCAGUACUCUCCUUUCCUGGGCCAGUCCUGGGCUGCCCUUGCAUCUAUGGCUCCAUGAAUCCCAAAGAUCUAUGCAAAAUCACAGUCCCAGCCACAUGGUGCUCUCACACCCCCACCCCAUCCAGACUCACAGUGCAGACUCCACAUCUUAGCUCCCACAAGCCAGCCUCUCUUGCCACGUUCUAGGGCCCUCUGAACAACCACUGGAAAAAGGGAGCUCACACUGACUGGGUUGGAACCUAUUAGCCGUGUUUACCAUGUGGUAGCCAGGUGUGGUGGUACAUGCCUACAAUCCUGGUAUCUGGACCAUGAGUUCAGUCAGUUUGGGCCAUAUAGCUAGAUACUGUUUCAAAACAAACACAAAAGUUGACCAUGGAGUAUGGCACAGGACCAUGGAGAUAAGAGGCCCCCAAAGUCCUUCAAAGUACUGUAAAAGUGAGGCAGAGCUGAGGGGAAGCUCCAUCUUCUCUGUAGGGGUGAGGCUAGGUGAGAGUGGUGAUCAGGCUGGACCUGACUGUAGUAGCCCUGGCUGGUCUGGAACUCUGUAGACCAGGCUGGCAAACGCAAGAGAUCCACUCGCCUCUGCCUCGAGUGCUGGGAUUAAAGGCGUGCACCACCCUGCCUGGCCCUGGCUUUAACAGAAGUGACCUGUCUUACCACAGCUGUCCUUCGUAACCUUUCAGUGUUUUCCCUUGAACCCCAAGGGGGGGCUCUCCACUCCAGACUGGGGUCCAGUCUCUCCAACGGUGGAGCUCAGGGCUGGUACACAGUCCUACAUGCCCUCAAGAUCCACUUUCACGUUGCCAAAGCCAGUACCACCCCCACUCAAUAUGGGACUCCGCCAGUAUCUCUACUUGUAUCCCCCCCCCUCCCCGAAAGCUAUUUCCAAUGGGGAAAGAAAAGGGUUCAGGGGAGGGAAACUUUUUGAUAACAGCAGUUGUGGUUUUAUUGUGUCCAACACAUUAAUAAAUGAACUUCAAGCCUGA